GUAUGUUUUCACCGCCCACCCCGGAAGUAAGAUAAACCCAUGCCCUAUAGUUUAAGUACUACAACAACAACAACAACAAUGGAAGGUGAUCUCAGAAGCAGGAUGAUGGGAAGCAAGGAAAAGGAGGACAGCGUGAUGAAGACAAUGGUUUUGUUCAGUCUCGCAAUGAUGUUCUUCCCAGUCUUCAUCUACUUUGCCAGCAAGAGAAUGUUCUUUGAGGCUUUCAUUGGGAUGAGCAGUCAAGAUAGCUACUUCUACGCAGCAUUUGUAGCCAUCGGAACAGUACAUAUCAUUUUAGGAAUGUUUGUUUAUAAAGCAUUUACUGAAGGAACUACGUCAACAAAGACAGAUUGAUAUCCAAGAUGGUUUAUUCAUGACAUUCAUGUGACUUUGAUCAUGCCAUUCCAUGGAAAGCUUGAAAAGAAUAUAUUAUUUGUGUGAAAGUUGUUAUAACAGUCCAAAUUAUGUUGAAAUUGUUCUCCAUUUUCCAUUUUUUUUGCAUUUUUAGCUGAACAUUACAGUAUUGUCAGUCAAGCAAAGAUAAUAUUAUAUUACAAUAUACUGUACAUAUACUGCACUUGAAUAAGAUGAGAAAGUAAGGUAAACAAAUGAGUUUGAUAUAAUGAAAAGCAUUGACAAUGAAUCCUUCUUUUAAUUCAUUGAAAUUGCGUGUUCUACUACUGUGUCAAAUAUUUUAAACUACCGGUACAUUCAAAACAUUUUCAUUUUAGAUACCUAAGCUAUACGUGGUACUUGAUAUGUUGUUAAAACUUCAUCUUCUUACUGUAGAUCUAGUUUCUGAGACACAUGGUGAAUUUGUAUGACACUAGAUGCUUGUAUGCCUUUACAUGUGUUAUUGUAUGAAGCUUCAGUUGAACUGAUGGCUAUAAUGAGUGGUUGGGAGAAAAUGAUAAAUGCAAUAAUGGCAGGCUUUUUUAUGCUUCAUAUUAGUUAAUAGUUUACACCUGUGGAAAUUAAACCAUGGACAUAACAGGAAAGGGAAGUACGGUAAAAUAUGAUUAUUUCAUCACCUCAUUGGUAGAGCAAUGACUUAGUGUCUUCAUCAAAAUAAAAACAUAAGCAUUUUGAACACAGCUUUAUAGUAUAAAUUUGCUGUUUGGAUUCACAAUCAUUGUCAAUUUUGUACGUGGUUAUUGUUGAUUUCUUGUUAUUUUUUCUGCAGAUGCAGUGGUUUUAAUGAAAUAAUGAAGUAAAUUAAGUGAUAUUAUUUUCUGGGUGAUGUUUUUUUGAUCGCUUUGUUCAUGGUUUAAUGUCCACAGGUGUAUCAGUUAUUCAGAACAUGAUUUAUUUGUACACAAUAUGCAUCUAGUCUGUUUCACCAGAAAUAAUAACACCAUGAACAAACUAUUAAAUAAGAUGACAUUUAUAACAAAAUAAAAAUAAGCAAGAAAAAAAUUGUACCAAAGUUUGAAAGAAUUAUUAUUAGUUGAACAAUAACAAAAUUUGGUUCUUUGACCUGUUUGUAUUGCAUAUAAUUUUUGUAUUAUAUUUUAUGGAUCCUUUAAUUACUUUUAAGGAAGUAUUCAAACACAAAAGCUUGUGUAAUAAUAAUUUCUGUCUUUAAACACAAAAGCUUGUGUAAAAAUAAUUUCUGGUAGAUGUUAAUUUUGAAAUCCAUUGCAAGUAUCUGCUUGUGUUUAUUGUGUUGUCUGGAAAGGCAGAGUGGUUUCCUCUUGUCAACCGAUAAUACGGAGACAAUAUCUAAUGAUAAACUUAAAAUCAUUAGUCUAUUUUUAUAAAUUAAUAUUAUUAUUAUUAAGUAUUAUGGGGGUGAGAGAGAGAUUAAUAUUAAUAUGCAGCCUAGCAAAGGAAUUUCUAAGAGAGACAACUUUGUACAGAGAGUGGUGUAUUAUUGUAGUAGUUGUUUUUUGUGAAACACUGAUUGCUUUCCAUUGAAUGCAAAAGUUCAGUAUAUACCGGUAACCUAAAAAGUAAUGCCAGUUUAUCAGACAACACAUUAAAUAGUGCAGUAUUCUUGUUUUAUAUAAUUAUGUGCUGUAAAUAUGUACAGGUUAAGGAUUUAUAUAAUAAUAUUUUUUAUUUGUUCUAUAUUAUUUAAACAUAUAUACUUAUUUCAGAAAUAAAAUGAACAAUUUUA